CCACCAAAUCCAGCCAGUCCGUACUCGGCUGCUUCUCCUCCGGCCCGUGCCUACGGCGGCGCUGCUCUCUGGUAACCGGUAAACCUCCUCUCCCCUAUCUAUGGCAGCGCGUAUUCGAGAUGUCUGGAUGUAGUAGGUCGGAAGAUGUUGGAUCUUCCGCUACAAAUCGACGCAUAAAGGAUACAGAUUAGUUUAAUUUACGUCAAAUUUAUUUCACUCCGUGUAGUUCUGUACGUUGAUUUAUUAAUUUCGCCUGGAUUUAAGCUGCUGCUAUUUUGAAGGUUUCUUCUCUUCUCCGGGAAAAUUUCAGAUCCCGGAAACAACUGGAAUUGAAGUAGCCACUGAUGCUGUUGCCGUGUUCUUGAGCUCAUAAAUUGCUAUUUGUUAAUGCUCAAAUUGUGUGCCUGACCACAGAAAUCUCUAGGCGACGAAUCGAGCAGGUAGAGGAGGAAUCAGGCAUCCAUGGCUGAGCAUCUUGCGUCCAUCUUUGGCACGGAGAAGGACCGCGUGAACUGCCCCUUCUACUUCAAGAUCGGCGCGUGCCGCCACGGCGACCGGUGCUCCCGCCUGCACAACAAGCCGUCCAUCUCCCCGACGCUGCUGCUGUGCAACAUGUACCAGCGGCCGGACAUGAUCACCCCGGGCGUGGACGCGCAGGGGAACCCCAUCGACCCGGAGCGGAUCCAGGAGGACUUCGAGGACUUCUACGAGGACAUCUUCGAGGAGCUGAGCAAGCACGGCGAGAUCGAGAGCCUCCACGUGUGCGACAACCUCGCGGACCACAUGAUCGGGAACGUGUACGUGCAGUUCCGCGAGGAGGAGCAGGCGGCGCGCGCGCUGCAGGCUCUGCAGGGCCGCUACUACUCGGGCCGCCCCAUCAUCGCCGAGUUCUCCCCCGUGACGGACUUCCGGGAGGCCACCUGCCGCCAGUUCGAGGAGCACAGCUGCAACCGCGGCGGAUACUGCAACUUCAUGCACGUCAAGCAGGUCGGACGGGACCUGCGGCGGAAGCUGUUCGGCCACCUGCAUCGCUCCCACCGGAGCCAUAGCCGCGGCAGCCGCAGCCCGAGCCCGUACCGCCGCCACGGUAGCUCGUCCAGGUCCAGGGACCGUGACGAUGACCAUGACUAUUACUACCACUACCGUAGCGGUAGUGGCAGCCGCAGGAGCAGCGAGAGACACCGCAGCCACGACAGCGACGGGAGCCGCCGUCGGCGCGGGCGAUCCAGGAGCCGGAGCAAGAGCCCGUGGAGGGAAGGCAGCGAGGAGCGGAGGGCAAAGAUUGAGCAGUGGAACCGCGAGCGGGAGGCAGCGCAGGUGUAGGCAGGUUCCCCUGUGACUCUGCCGGCUGCAGCCUGCAGGUUGCUGCAGUACUGUUGGCAUUGCUAGUCUGACAGGCUGCUGAAGCUGUCAUCAUGUAUUUUAGUUAUGUAUUGUAGUUUUAGGCCUUGUUUAGUUCGUAAAAUUUUUUGUUUUUGGCUACUGUAGCAUUUCGUUUUUAUUUGACAAA